CACACACACACACACACACACACUUCUGCCUUAUGUAAGGCGCAGCAGCGUCACGUGGGGCUGUAACACCGCGACGCUCCCUGACGGAGCAGCAGACUCUUUGUCGACGGUCCCUCGACUUUCUGAUGAAAUCUCGAGCUGGAGCGUAAAGACGAACCGACGGAGGCGACAGGCGGCUACAGUCUCACUUUACUGGGGAAACAGCAGCACAAGUGGCGGCAGGAGAAUAGAAAACCUUCUGAACUGGAGCCGGAAGCCAACAGAUGGUGUUUUUUGUUCAGAAUCUUUUGGAUGUUCGUCGCUUCCGCUUAAAUAACCGCUGAGCUAGCUGCUCCUGCUAAGCUAACCCAUUAGCAUCGCAGACCGCCGUGAAGCCGCAGGAGUCCUCCAGCCGCCGCCGCCGCCUCUUCACGGACAUUCACAGCAGACAACAUGGCUCUUCUGUCCUCUUCAGACCGGGUUCUUCCCUCGUAUCAUGAGUCCAGCCUGCUUAGUCUCUCUGUGUCCCCCAGUUCCGUCCCCGUCUUCACCAAGUUCUCCACAAGAAAGAAGUCCAAUCCCCGCUCUCAGCAGAGCGCUAACGUCGCGGAGCGCGCCGGAGUUACGGACGAUAUUUCCUGGGUGUCCUCUGGCUGUGACGACCGGUAUGUGGAGUAAAACGAGCGGAAGAUGUUUCACUAAAAGUGUGGAUGUGUCUGAGUGGAAAGUGCUAAUAGCUGGUGGUGUUAGCCUGGACCGGAGCCGCACACAGUUUGACAGCUGUCACAUUAGCAGCUAACCUGAAGCUAGCUGACAGUCCGGAGCAGCUAACAUAACCUGAAGCUAGCUGACAGCCGGGAGCCGUGCUGCUCAGGUGAUGUCACAUUAUUCACAUUUUGCACUUUUGUUGACGAAAUGUUUAGAAGCAUGAACUCCGAGGAACAUUUAUCCAGCGGGCAGAGCUCGCCCUCUCCGUCCAGGCAUGGAGUGCCUUCUCCCGCGCUGGACGGUCAGGAAAGCUCGUGGAUCGGCCUGCUCUCCAUGUUCUCCAGGCCCGCGGUGUCCUUCCUACAGAAGUACCUACCGGGGCGAGCCCGGGCCUCGGCCCGGUCCGACACACAAGCCGGUUGGACCAGUACGGAAUUUAAAAGCAGUUUUGUGGAUGAAGAGCGGGAGUUCUUAAGACAGCUGGACGACAUCAUGCCGUUGACGCAGCACGCGGCUCCCCACCUGACCUACCUGCAGUGUCAGCACAACGGAGCCGCCGGCCUGAUGGAACCGGAGUCCGGCAGCACUUUACCGUGGCUGACCACUGACUCUCUCCGGGAGCUGGGCAUCCAGAGCGCAGAGGAUAUGGACUUAAACCUCUGCCAGCAGGCUCAGGUCGGACACUGGUCUUCUGCCAGGACUUUUCUCAGUCAUGUUGGGUUGAGUCUGGUGUCAGCUCAGGAAAUCAAACACAUGAAAACCACUGGAGGGAAGGACUGGCUGAGGGAGGCCGAGACACCCCCCAGGACGAGCAGUGGGGGAAAGAGCAGGAUGUGGUGGAGCAGCUUCUGGGGAGUUGAGGAGAGCUCACAGAAGGGCCUGUUGUCAGAUCUGUCCUGGGCUGAGGACGGGACCCUGACAGGACGGCUUUGUCCACAACAGCCGGCAGCUGAGACAAAAGCCCCCGGUGUGUUUGUCCCGAGCGGGUCGAUGCUGGGAGAAAACGCUGGAGCCACUGAGCACAAAGAGGAGCUGGCCAACAAAGAAGGCCUUCAAACAGUCCAGAAAACAGAGGGAUCCACGCCAGACCAGCGGCUCAACAUCAGCGACCACCUGAACAGUUCAGGAGCUGCCGCCGCCUGCAGUGAGGUGGCACUUCUGACCCCUGAUCAGGACAAUGGUUACUCCAGUCUGGAGGAGGAACACGUCCAGAUGUGCCAGCUGUUUAUGUUGAAGGCACCCAGCGAAGAGCAGCCGACGCCAGUGUCCCAACCCAUUGACACUCGAGCUGCUGUCGAGAUGGAAAUGGAGGAGGAGACAUGUGAGGACAGACAGUCUUCAUCAGGACGGGUGGACGAGGAAGAGGAGACGCAGGAGGACGAGGAGGGACAGGAAGCAGCGGAGGCUCCUCCCCCCCAGUGCCAGAAUAAAGCCAUUGCCUUCAUCAUGGGCUGCCCCUGCAGUGACGAUGACAGCAGUCAAUCAGAGUCCAGUGGUGAUGAUGAUGAUGAUGAUGAUGAUGAUGAUGAUGAUGGCUUUGACAGUGAGGGCUCGUCUGACCUGUCUGACUCCACUGACGAUGAAGAUGAUGAUGAGUCGGACAGCGAGUUGGACUCUGAGGCCGAGCGUCUGUGGAGCUCGUUGUCCCAGAGCGUCGACCCAUACAACCCCCGAAACUUCACCGCCCGCCUGCACACCAGCACCACCCAGCCCAGGACCAUCCCUACCUCCUCCACACCUCCCUCCUCUACCCAGUCCACCCCUGCCUCCUCCCCUGACCUCACCCCGUUCUCUCUCUCCUCCCCUCCCCUCCCCUCUUCCUCCCCUCCGUCUGGUCCUGACGUCUGGGACGACUCCACGUCUGCCAGUGAGGUGGACGAAGCAGAAAGCCUGCGUCUGUGGAGCUCCUUCAGCUGCUCCGACCCUUACAGCCCCUUUAACUUCCAGGCCCCGCUCAGGACUCAAGGGCCUGCUGAGGCAGGGCCCCGGGCCAGGACCAGGGCUAAGAAGUCCUCCCAGACUCCCUCUCACUCCCCCCAUGCACCACCAUCUCCACCCAGGUAUAGGAAGGAGGAGGCGGAGGAGAGGCUGGACAGCGGCUUCUCUGAGCUGUCGGCAUCCUCACAGAGCUGCAGGACGAUGAAAAAGGUUCGUUUCUGUGACGACGUGGAGGAGUUCUUCGCCAGCUGUGGCGAGGAGGAGGAGGACCGGCGGGGCCCCUGGGAGGAGCUGGCCCGGGACCGCUGCAGGUUCUUGCGACGCUGUCAGGAGGUGGAGCAGAGCAUCGCCUACUGUCUGCAGCCACAGCACCGCUGCCUGGUGGCCAGCCGCCUCACUGUCCUCUACGUCCAGGACAACUGAGGACGGCCUGUCUUCUCCUGAGGACACGUGUCCUCCUGAGGACAUGAGGACUGACUGCACAGAGACGGCACGUGGGCGGACUGUUGACUGACUCACUACAGUCCUCGUCUGUCUCUGCAGCUUCAGUGGACUCGUCCAACACGAUUCAGGGUCUCUUCAGGACGGACACUUGAUUUGAAGGGCUCGGCCUGCAGCUUCGCUGUGACAGGAAGUCGUCACUGCGGCUUCGCUGUGACAGGAAGUCGUCACUGCGGCUUCGCUGUGACAGGAAGUCGUCACUGUGUUCGUCUCAAAGUGUUUCAGACUUCU